GGACUCAAGAGUAAGUGAAAUACCUGGCGGCGGCUGGCGGGAGAAGAACCGGCAACUGGCCGAGAAGGUGAGGCUGAUUUCCGACGGGUCGAUCGAAGUCGUUUGAGAUGGCAGAAGACGGGAAGUUCCGAAUUGAGAAGUUUGAUGGUAUAGAUUUCAGUUGGUGGAAGAUGCAAAUUGAAGAUUUGCUGGUUCAGAAAGACUUGGACGUGGUUUUAGGUGACAAGCCAGAAAAAAUGUCGGAUGCAGAUUGGGCAAGUUUGGAUCGGAAAGCUAUGUCCGUGAUCCGUCUCUCGUUGACCAAGAAUGUUGCGUUCAAUAUUCUGAAGGAGAAGACAGUGAAGGGAAUUAUGGACGCGUUGUCUAACAUGUACGAGAAGCCAUAUGCAGCGAAUAAAGUUUUUCUGAUUAGAGAGCUGGUGAACACAAGGAUGAGAGAAGGCACUUUAGUUACCGAGCAUAUCAACAAGUUGAAUUCGAUCUUAGCCAGACUUGCGUCAGUGGGCAUUAAGUUCGAUGAUGAAGUUCAAGCUUUACUACUGCUAUCGUCUUUACCUGAUAGUUGGUCCGGAACGGUUACAGCGGUUACCGGUUCAGUGGGGCCUGAUGGAUUCACCUUUGAUCAGAUUCGAGAUCUCGUGGCUAAGUCUUCCGGUUUGGACUCCGGUUCCUAUGCCGCCCUCUACCAAAGGCAAGAGGGAAUCUUCAAGUCUAAGAAGGAUUCCAUCAAGACCUGGAGGGCGAAGUUCGUCUUUGUCUUUCUAGGCUCAGGUUCCCCUUUCGGUGAAACUGCCCACAGCUCCUUCCGCCGGCGAACCCAACCAUUUACGACGCUCCAGAUGGUUGCCGAUGUGGAAAAGCUUUGUGAAAUCAUGCUCUCCGCGACGGCUAGGAUGAAGCUCCUUCGCGAAGAGAGCAAGGCCAAAAGGAUAGGUGAAGGACAAUCCACCACGAGACCACUGUUGUUUGACGGUUACACAUAUUGGAAGGAGCGGAUGAGGAUUUGCAUCCAAUCCACCAACUUUCUCUUGUGUAGAAUUAUUAAGAAGGGCGAAGAAGUGCCCAUGAAGAAAGUCGGGGAAACCACCGUUCCCAAAAUCGAGGAUGAAUACGAUGCGCAGGAUAUCAAGAAGAUAGAGAACAACGCCAAGGCCAUCAACAUCAUCUAUUGUGCGGUGAAUCCGGAUGACUACCAGAAGAUUUCAUGUUGUUCCACCGCUAAGGAAAUGUGGGACAAGCUUGAAAUCACAUAUGAAGGUGAACAAAAGAAGAAGGGGAUUGCACUCAAGGCUUCCACAAGCCAAGAACCCGCUGUGGAGGACUCUAGUGACAAAGACAACGAGUUCGGGCUCGUAAUCAAGAAAUUCCACAAGUUCAUGCGUAAAGAGUAUGAACGAAAAGGGAAGAAGCAAGGAGGACCACCCAAAUGCUAUGGGUGUGGAGAAAUUUGGCAUAUCAAACCAAAAUGCCCAAAUGCCAAGAACGAAAAGGAGAAGAAGUCGUUCAAGAAGCACCGUGCUUACAUCUCUUGGGGAGGUGAUUCUGGCGACGAGUCUUCGGAUGGCGAAGAAAAUGAAAGCGCCAACCUAUGCCAUGGCACACGAGGAACCACCGGAAGAGGUAUGUACCACUUCUUCUAAAGAUUCCUACACUUUUGAUGAUAUGCAAGACCUUUAAUGAACUUUACGAUGAAUAUGUCAACGCUUCUAAAAUAAACAAAGAUUUAAAGAAACAACUUACUUCUAU